AUCGGAACUUAGCCUGGAAUUCCUGAAUCUUGACCUAACCCUAAUCUUAUGUUUAUGUUAUGAUAUUUUCAUUUUGUCUUGUAUCUCUAACUACAAACUAACAAUAAUGUCCAUAAAUUUAGAUCUGAAACUUAAAAGGGCCGACAAAGUUUAUAGUCAAGAGGAAGUAAUAAGUGGGGUAAUUGAAAUUGUCUCAAAUUCGGACUUCAAGCACGACGGAAUCACUUUAACCGUGGAAGGUUGUGUGAAUUUACAAAUAAGCUCGAAAAAUGUUGGAAUAUUGGAAGCCUUCUACAAUUCUGUUAAACCAAUCCAAAUAAUCAACUUGACCUGUGAAGUUAUAGGCCCCAGCCGCCUACCAUCAGGAACCACAGAAAUUCCUUUUCAAAUACCCCUCAGACCUAAAGCAAACACAGUUUUUUACGAGACAUACCAUGGGGUUUACGUUAAUAUAAGUUAUUCCAUAAGGUGUGACAUGAAAAGAUCAUUUUUAUCAAAAGAUUUGCAGAGAUGUCAACAGUUUUUAAUACAUUACAAGCCAAAUAGUCCUAAUUGCCCUCAAUUGCCUUUAAAAGACAACAGGAAGAGUGUCACUUUUGAGCUGAGCCCAGCCAAAUUAACUUCAGGAGCAGCUGGUGCUCCAGAUUUUUUACUCAAAGGCUACCUGGAAACGGUGUGCUGUAGCAUCACGAAGCCCUUCAAGGGCCAUUUGACUUUAGUCAAGUGCGCGGCCCCCGUCAGGUCAAUCGAACUGCAAUUAGUCAGAGUGGAAACUUGUGGCUGUGCCGAAGGCUACGCUCGUGAAGCCACAGAAAUUCAAAAUUUGCAAAUAGGUGACGGUGAUGUUCCUCAGAAUAUUGCAAUACCUAUUUACAUGGUGUUUCCUAGAUUGUUCACUUGUCCCACGUUGAUUACUACUAAUUUUAAGAUUGAGUUUGAAAUCAAUAUUGUCGUCGUUUUUGAGGAUAAUCAUUUAAUUACAAACAAUUUUCCUAUUAUAUUAGUUAGAGAAUAAGUAAAUAAAACAAUCACAUACA